AUGGCCAGUGUCAUGCCUAGUGCGCAGAACGCGGUCGAGGACAUGAGCUCGAGCCCAGCCCGGCUUUUGCACGAGGUGCGUGCGGCAGUGGUGGACGAGGCCGAGUCCCGGAUCAAAGCCAAGCUCCGGCAGGCCUGGACUCAGGCUGCUGCAGAGGUGAAGCAGCACGAGCGCGAGCGCGCCAAGUCCAUGGACCAUCUCCUUGAGGAGGUUGCAAGAUUGGUUGAAGCAGCGCGACCAUGGACUCCUCAAGCUAGGACCUUGGCCGCGGCGCAGCGCUCCAUGCAGGAAGACAACCAAGUGUUCUUGAACAUGCUCAGCGUCUGGUCGACCCAUUUGAUGCUGCCCAUUCCUCCUAUGCCCAGCUUUGAGCCGAAGGAGCUCCCCUCGGGUGCCGCCACGCCCUCCACUUGCGCCACCCCCAGCGGCAUGCGCUUCGGCCUCUUUGAGCACCUGGGCCUUGAUCAAAGCCCCAGGAGCUCCAGCGCUACACCGCAGAGAGGUGCACGAGACGAGGAGUCGGACGCCGAGGUACCUCCCUCCGCUCCUCCUUGCCCGCUGUCCUUGGCGGACGCGCUUGGCAUCAAGGCUCCGAAUCCAGAGGAGUCCGAGCCAGAGGAUGCCUUUGUGUUCAAGCUCACUUUGCGAGUGGCGGACAACGUGGAUCUGGGCCUCGCGCUUUCCAAGAAAGGCCAAGUCCUGGUCAUCGACGCCGUGCUGCCCGGCGCCGUGGAGAGUUGGAACCGCCAGUGCCGCACCUCUCGUGGGGAGCUGCGGGCUUUGCGGGUGGGAGACCGCCUGGUGGCAGUGAACGAGGCCUCGGAGCCGGAGAAGAUGUUGGAGGAGGCGAAGACCCGCAAGCUGCUGAAGUUCCAGGUGCUGCGCCUUGGUGGCGGCGGCAAGGCUCCGGCGCCGGCGCCGGCGCUGCAGCAGCCACCGCAGCAGGCGCCUUUCGCACACGCGGCGGCGCCGCUGUCGGGGCAAUACCCCCUGACCUUCCCGACUGGACUGGGAUACGGCCACGGCAGCGUGGGGGACUGGACGACUUUCCCUUGGCUGUAA